AUACACUUAACAGGGAGGAUUGUAGGGGCCAGCUUUUUCCUUCUUGGAACCACACAUCACUAUGAGCAUUCCUCAGACCCAACUCCAGGAUAAUGUCUAUAACUCUUUAUGACCGCAAACCAUCCACAGGACAAGGUCUUGGCCCUUCGCCAGUCACUGACUUGAGAUGAUCGGGAUGUUGAGCCAGCUCUUUCUCCUCGCCUCUGUGACAGCACUGAUUCAGGCUCUGUCACCAUCUACAGCAGCUCUGCAGGUCGGGACUGUGUGUGAGGGUGCACAUAUUCUACUUCUGUGCUACACACACAGUAGUCACAGGGGCCGUGAGCUGACUGGACACUGUCAGAGCACAGCUACAGGACUCUAAAGAGAAGUCACUUGAGUCCUCCCCUCACUCAGGAUGAAAAUCGUUCUGCUGGUUGCUCUGCUCACAGGUGUUACUACAUUCCGAAUCAGCCCCCGAGCUGGGUGGCAGUUUGGUAGUCUGUUCCAGUGCACCAACCCUUUGAUUUUUCCCUUCACGGGGUUCACAUUCUAUGACUGCUACUGUGACUUUGUCAUCCUGAACAACUGGGAGGAAGACAGAUGCUGCCAGACUCGUGACAACUGCCGUGAUCAGGUCAAGAAGCUGGAAAACUGCAAAUUUCUCAUAGAUGACCCCUACAGAAACUUCUACACAUACUUGUGUUCUGGGAAUGAGGUCACCUGUAGUGAGGAAAACAACCCCUGUGAGGACUUGAUCUGCAACUGUGACUGCCAGGCCGCCAUCUGCUUCUCAAAGCAGAACAAAGGCAUUCAGUGUUAGACUUGUCACCUCAGUUACGGGUAACACCAUCGCUGCCUGUCUGAUUGUGCUCACUACACACUGUGCCCUCUAAUAAAGAACUCAUUGAAAGAG